UCAAUGUUUACACUUUGCACAGUUCAUGUUUUUUAGCAGAACAGAAAUUGAAAAUCGCGCAUGCACGUAUUCAGAAAAAUAUUGUAAUACACAAACUUGAACAACAUGUAAACAUUGUCAUCGUCCAACUCGGUCUAUUUUUAAAAAAAGAAAAUCAUCUGAAUGUCUGUUACUCUUGACCGUCUAGUGGUAGGUCUACCGCCGCCGAGCUUAACCGAUUUUUGAAUGUCUGUCCAUUUAGUGGUCAACGCGUUUUACAAAAAUGGUACAGCGUUGUUGCGCGCUCGCUGUACCAAAAACAUUUUAUUCGUCCGCACAAGAUUGGCAUCGAGAUCAGCACACACCCAAGCGCUGAAUCCCUCUACCAGCCAUCGUAGCCCACUAAACUCUAGUUGCCAAUCCAGAUGGCAGCUUACUCGAAGAGCAUUUGUCGACAGUUUGCUAAAUCGUGUGACAAAUUCACUGUCGGCCGAUUUACGUAAACGAACUGCCCGGCAGCUAAUGUUUGGCAACUCGAGACCAUUUUUCGCACUUGUCGGAAUGAGUCUGGCGUCUGGUAAUGGUGUGAUAACUAAUGACAAUCAACUAGAUGGUGUAUGCUGGGAAAUUAGGGAGGCUGUUGGUAGAAUGCAGAAGAAUUUAGCUGUUGCCGAGUGUUUAAAUUUAAAUCCAUCUUUGGGUUUAAAGCAGUUUGAAUUAGGAGUUGCUAUUGCUAAAGGAAAUAACGCAGUCGUGUAUGAAGCAAGAAAAAAGGAUGAAAAAGAUAAUUGUAAUUUAUUAUUGAAGCAAGAAUCAUCUUCUCAAAAUUUUCCUUUGGCUAUUAAAAUGAUGUUCAACUAUGAUGCAGAAAGUAAUGCUAUGGCUAUACUUCGAGCUAUGAAUAGAGAAACCGUGCCAUCUAGACGAAUACAGAGUAGCUCUUCUAAAUCAGACCAGCACUGGCUUAUGGGUUUGGACAAGGGUUUAAUUAGGUUACCACCUCACCCCAAUAUUGUUGUAAUGCAUUUGUGUUUUGCGGACUACGUUCCAGAGUUAACAGACUCGCACUCACUAUAUCCACAAGCUCUACCACAAAGAAUAAAUCCUGAUGGUUAUGGACGAAACAUGAGCCUAUUUCUUGUUAUGAAGAAAUAUGAUAUGAGCUUAAAGCAGUAUUUGUCUCAAUCGUCACCUAAAGUCAGAGAUAAAAUUCUUUUGCUUGCACAAUUAUUGGAAGCUGUUACACAUAUGUGUAAUCAUAAUAUUGCACAUAGGGAUUUGAAAACUGACAAUGUCCUUUUAGACAUCUCUGAAGGCAAUAAUGUUUGCCCUACACUAGUUGUCACAGAUUUUGGUUGCUGUUUAGCUGAUAAAGAUAAUGAACUUAAUCUGCCUUAUAAAACUGCUGACACAGAUCGCGGAGGAAAUAUAUCGUUAAUGGCUCCGGAGGUUGUUACUGCACAACCAGGAACUUUUGGACAGAUCAAUUAUUCUAAAGCUGAUGUCUGGGCAGUUGGUGCAAUGGCAUAUGAAAUAUUUUCUAGCAGCAACCCAUUUUAUAGUUAUGAAAAGGGUAAACCCCCUUUAUUACGUAAUUCAACGUACGAAGAAAAAAAUUUGCCAGAACUUAACACUGAAGUACCCCUUGUUAUUCGAACAUUAGUUCAUUCCCUCUUGCAAAGAUCAACAUCAAAAAGACUUGAUGCUUCAUUUGCUGCAACUGUUUGUCAGUUAUAUUUAUGGGCUCCAUCUUCUUGGUAUACAAAAUAUGUAUUACCAACUAGUAAUGAGGUGGUACAAUGGUUGUUGUGUUUAACUACAAAAGUAUUGUGUGAAGGCGGAGUAAUGGCAAAUAUGAACACUAAACGACGUACUUUUACAGAAUAUCAAUUGAUUACUUCAUUUUUACACAGAGCCAAAUUAUAUGAAAUAAAAAAUGCACUGCAAUGGAUGCAAUCAAUUCAACAUGAAUAAUGUUUAAAAAACAAGUGUAUUUAUUUGAAAUGGUUCAAUGCAUAAUAACAUUAUAUUUUUAUAUCAAAGUAUUGUCCCAUACGUUUACAACAUUACAGUAAACUCAUUAAAUGUGAUAUUUAGUUUUAGAUAAUUACAGUUUUUAUUAUAUUUGUUGUGUACCUUAGUACAGUAUUACCAAACUUGUUAAUCGAAUAGUAUACGUUAAUAGUUAAUAAAAUAAGUAUACAUACACCAUAUAA